AUGAAAAAAAAGAAAGCCAGAAACCAAAUGGCGGAAGAAGAAGUAUCUGGCAAUGAUUUUCGGCAGACGACAGUGUGAAGGUGAAGUUCACAGAGUAAAGUAGUGUCACUCUCGACUCUCCGCAUUUCGCUAUCUCCAGAAUCAUGUCUGCCGGAAAAAUUAUCGUCUACGGAGGUCGUGGCGCUCUCGGUUCCACGGUCGUCAAGCACUUCAAAGCUAACGACUGGUGGGUGGGCACCAUUGACCUGGCUGCCAAUGAGGAGGCUGAUGCCAAUGUCAUUGUCUCGAAGGAUGCAAACUGGUCCACUCAAGCUGAAGUAGUCAUGUCUGGUCUGGAAGGAGUCCUGGGGACAGAUAAAGUGGAUGCCAUCAUUAAUGUGGCUGGUGGCUGGGCAGGUGGCAAUGCUGCAAGCAAAGAGUUCCUGAAAAGCUGUGAAAUGAUGUGGUCUCAGAGUGUUUGGUCAUCUACCAUCACUGCUCAGGCUGCUUCCCGUUUUCUUAAGGAAGGAGGAUUUGUUGCACUUCCAGGAGCCAAGCCUGCACUAGAAGGCACUGCAGGAAUGAUUGGGUAUGGUCUUGCCAAGGCAGCUGUGCAUCAGCUGACAAAGAGUCUUGGAGAUGAAAAGUCUGGCUUACCAUCUGGUGCAACAACCGUUGCAAUCCUUCCAAUCACUCUGGAUACCCCCAUGAACCGAAAGUGGAUGUCAGGGGCAGACUUCUCCACUUGGACAUCUCUAGAAUUUGUUGCAGAGCUUUUCAUGAAGUGGACAAAGGGACAGGAUAGACCUAAAUCUGGCAGCCUUGUACAGCUCAUUACCAAGGAUAACAAGACCGAAUUGGUAAUGGUGUAGAACUGAAAUGGACCUUGCUUUCUUUUUUUGUUUUAAUUUCUUAGAUAAUUAGUUAAUUCUUCUUGUGUUGUUUUUAAUAUGGAUAUGGAAUCUUUUGUGGAUAUUGAAGCUGUCUUACUUUGAGACUUGGAUAAUACUCACAGCUAUACUUGCUAUGUAUUUAACACCAUUAUUUUUUAUACCUUGAUUUUUUAUAUUUAAUAUCAUCCAUACAUCAUUUUCAGAGGUGAAUUUAAGAUUUUGUCAACACUGAAAUACAAGUGCUAUAUCACAAUCCAGUGAGUAAAAUGUGCAUAUCUGUAGAUGUAGUCAAUCCAUACAUUUCAUUGUCCUUUUUUAGCCAUCAAUUAUGAAAUCAUAGAUGGUUGAUAUUCCUUUAGAUUGUGCAUUUUUAAGGAAGUAUUUUAGAUUUGUUUCAUUGGGAAUUUCUCCUUGUUGGUUUCCUGGGUUGGAGAGCUUUGUUUAAAAGAUAUGAAUUGUUGGAAAAGAUAAGCCAGAAAUAUCAAAGACCAUGUGAGAUGUAUGGAAUUAUUGAUCACAGUAACAUUGUGCUGUCCCUGAAAGUGCCUAGUUUUAAAGAGAGAGUAUUAACAAUUGUAGAGUAUAUUUUUAUACUUAUUUUGUUGAUGUUUAUGCUUCCCUCAUCAAAAAACAAAACCAUUACUGAAGAGAGAGGAGUGGUAUUAACACUUUAUUGUGCUUCCUUGAUACCCAGUGAGAAUAUAUUAUUGAGAAUUACCAUCAAAGUGCUCAAAGUUUAGUCAUCCUAUUGCUUCCCGGAUAACUUAGGAGACUAAAAGAUGUAUGAAAAACUUUGGUUGGAAAGUGCACAAGACCUUUAAGGAUAUUUUUACACAUCUGGGUGAGGCUGAGGGAGUUAUGAAACUGUACUAGGAUUUCCUAGUUCAGUUCUUGAUUCCCGGUUAUGAUAGUGUUCUCUAAGAUGGAGAACUUCAAUGUAUGCAGACCGAAAUUGUCAUCAAUGUGCUUGGGAGAAUAUACAUAUACAGGAUGAGAACUUUAGUGUGUUAGUUUAGUAUUAUUCUAACCACACUUACCUAGUUCUUUCUGUUACAUUGUGUAUAGCAUUGAUCUUUGUGAAAUAUGUCUAAUGAAGAGAUUAAUACAAUAACCUUUUUAAAGAUUCCAUCUGUAUUCUAAAGUAAAGAAUAUUUGUGUACUAUAAUUGUGAUGCUGUUUGCUGAAGGGAGGUAGACAAAAUAUAAAAGAGAUCAAGAAAAACAGAGAUUGAAGUUUGGUGAGAAUUGCAUAUCAAAAUCCAAGUGGAAGUGAGGCAAGUUACAUGGGCCCCAUAAGAAAACGAAAACAGUUAUGUUGUUUCACAGAUAUUUUCUUCCUCAAAUCAAUCCUUUAGUGGAAGUUUAGUUUGGAAACAAAAUUAAAUAACAAAAAAAUGACACUUGCUUCAGUCACCCUCUCCAUUUUCUUUGCCUCCCUAACACGUGGAGUAUAAUGUGCCAAUGUUUCUACCAAUUUUCUUAGCAAAUUGCAGGUAAAAUUUUGCAUAAUACCAACACUUCUUUGAAUUUUAAUUUUAAUUGCCUGAGAAUGAUAAUAUAAGGCAAGUGAUAUCUUGAAUCAGUUAUUUCACUUCAGCAGUGAGUGUCACAGUUGUCAAGACAAUGAAAAAAAUUAGUGUAUAUGAUUUGUGCUUCCCGUGAUACACUCUUAUUUUUCAUUGUUUAAACUGUUUACACCAUUUCAUAGUUCAGAAUCAAAAUUACCAUCAGCUUUAAAAGGAAAGGAUGUUAGAAUAUAAACAAAAUUGCUCUUCCAUUUUUUUAUUUAAACUAAUUUAUUCCUAAGACAUUCCAGCUGUGGCAAUACUUAAGCUUCUUAUGUUUGAAGUCUGCAUUAAACUGAAGAAAUGAA